AUGGCUCAGUUGGUAGGGCGCCAGCCACCCCUGGGAGGAGGGGAGAGAGUCGACCUGCAGAGAUGGAAACUGCUGCCACUGCCUCUACUGGGUAACUUCUUCCAGCUGCGUCCUGGGGCCAUCUACUCUGGGCUCAUACGGCUGAGUAAGAAGUAUGGGCCCGUGUUCACGGUGCACCUGGGUCCCUGGCGGCCCAUGGUGGUGCUGGUGGGUCACCAGGCUGUCCAUGAGGCCUUAGGAGAUCAGGCCGAGGAAUUCCACGGGCGAGGAAGGCUGGAAACCUUGGACCGGACUUUUGACGGACACGGGGUUUUCUUCGCCAAUGGGGAGCGGUGGAGGCAGCUGAGGAAGUUCACGCUGUUGGCCUUGCGGGACCUGGGCAUGGGGAAGCGAGAAGGCGAGGAGCUGAUCCAGUCUGAGGUGCACUGUCUGCUGGAGGCAUUCCAGAACACAGAAGGACAGCCCUUCGACCCCUCCCUCCUGCUGGCCCAGGCCACUGCUAACAUCACCUGCUCCCUCAUCUUCGGCCUCCGCUUCCCUUAUGAGGAUGAGGAGUUCCGGGCUGUGGUCCAGGCUGCCGAUGGGACCCUGCGAGGGGUCAGCUCCCCCUGGGGCCAGGCCUAUGAGAUGUUCUCGUGGCUCCUGCAGCGCCUGCCCGGCCCCCACAAACAGCUCCAGUGCCACUUAGCCACGCUGGCUGCCUUCGUGGUGAAUCAAGUGCAGAGACAUCAGGAGAGCCUGGCCACCUCGGGUCCUGCCAGAGACCUGGUGGACGCCUUCCUGCUCAAGAUGGCGCAGGAAGAAAAAGACCCACGCACGGAAUUCACAGAGAAGAAUUUGCUGAUGACAGUCACUUACCUGCUGUUUGCUGGGACUAAAACCAUCAGCUCCACCAUCUGCUAUGCCCUCCUGCUGCUGUUGAAAUACCCUCACAUUCAAAAGCGCGUGCGUGAGGAGCUAGCACAGGAGCUGGGGGGCAGCCGGGCCCCCAGCCUGGGUGACCGUGCCCGCCUCCCCUACACCGACGCUGUCCUGCACGAAGCCCAGCGGCUGCUGGCCCUGGUGCCCAUGGGCAUCCCCCACACCCUCACAAGGACCACCCACUUCCGGGGGUACACCCUGCCCCAGGGCACUGAGGUCUUCCCUCUUCUUGGCUCUGUCUUACAUGACCCCAACUUCUUCAAGCAACCAGAAGAGUUCAACCCAGGCCAUUUCCUGGAUGCAGAUGGAAAGUUCCGGAAGCCUGAGGCCUUCCUGCCUUUCUCCUUAGGCAAACGCGUGUGUCUCGGGGAGGGCCUGGCACGGGCCGAGCUCUUUCUCUUCUUCACCGCCAUCUUGCAGGCCUUCUCCCUCGAGAGCCCAUGCUCACCCAGUGCCCUGAGUCUCCAGCCGGCCAUCAGCGGCCUUUUCAAUAUUCCUGCCACCUUCCAGCUGCAGGUCCGGCCUGUUGACCUCUCCUGAUGUAGGAGGAGGAGGAUUACAGGCGUGUGCUACUAUGAACAGAGUCCAUCUGGGAUCAUUGAGUAUAUGCACAGAUAAUACACCGGUCACCCAUGCCGUGUGACUCUGUGUGUUCACAACCCACAUAAACAACUCUCUAGCUUUACAGCCCUCCAUCCUGCCUUCAUUGCCAAUUAAUGAUGCCAUCGCUGGGCACCGGCCACUCACGCCAAUCAUAUCAUGCACUGUCCACUCACAGCACCAUCUCGCCCCCCCCCUAGCAGCUUUCUGCUCAGACCUCCUUGGACCACUGAAGCAAUCCCCAGCCCCCUCUCUGCCCUUUGAUCAUCCAACACCAUCCUCAAGCCCCUUUUUUUGUAACUUACUGUCCCAAAUACAA